UCCGUGUGUGUGUGUGUGUGUGUGUGUGAGUGCAGUGUACAGGGUCAGUGAGUUAUGUACGAGCUGGAGAAAGAGUCUCUGCGCCUCUACAGGGGCUACAUCGCCCAGGUGUUACGACCAUCUUACAUCCGGGGGUUUUUGACCACUUACCUGGAUGAAGAGUCUGUAGACAAGAUCUUAUCAGAGGAGAGAUCAUCAAGGAUGGCAGCAACUCAGAUACUACUGGAUAAGAUGUUGGACCUGGACACGGUCGGCUGGUUCCAGGGCUUCCUGGACAUACUGAAAGCUUCAGAAUAUACAGGUCUCCACAUGGCCAUCAGUAAGUGGGACUUUACGGAGCUGGAGUUUCUCUGUUCUUACAGGGAUCUGCUGGAUCAAGUCGAGAUGUCCAUCACCAAAAACAUGAAACCCAGAGAGCUGCUGCCACACAUGAGUGACUGUCUCACACAGCGAGAGUGUGAGGAGAUCAGAGCAGUGGAGGAGCAGAAGGGGUGUGUUGCAGCGAGUGAGCGGUUAGUAGAAACUCUAAGACACUGUGAUAAAUCAAACUGGUUUAAAGUGUUUAAACUUGCUCUGGAGAGCUGCAAUCAGAACCUUGCUCUACAGCUGCUUGAGCCCGAUGAGAAUGGGAAUUGUGUUCAGAACUUUGAUGAGAAUGUUGCGGGAAUGGCAGAUGUGUGUAUUGAGUACAGAGAGGACGGUGAGAGUGACAACCUGAUGAGCAGCAACAGUGAGACUGAGCAGUGUGUCAAAGGGGCAGAGGAGGGUGUGGCCAGUGUGUGUGAGAGACGUACAGAGAAGAAGUUGAGAAAAUAUCAAAAAGAGCUCGCUACAGCCGCAUACAAUGGGCUCAACACCAUCAUCUGUGCUCCAACAGGUUGUGGUAAAACCAUUGUUGCCGUGGCGAUAUGUGAACAUCACCUGAAGAAAUAUCCUGAGAAAGCCAAAGUGGUUUUCAUGGCAACCAAAGUGGAGGUUUAUGAACAACAGCUAAAACUGUUCAAGGAGCACUUCAGCGAGGAUCCAAACAUAAAAGUGGAAGGUGUCUGUGGGGAAAUGGGGGACGUGAAUUUGCCCACACUGGUGUCCUGCAAUGACGUGCUGCUGAUGACUCCUCAGAUUCUGGUGAACGCUCUACAGCGUGGUGACGUGGCCUCACUAAACACCUUCACGCUGCUGCUGCUGGAUGAGUGUCACAACACCACCGGCAAACAUCCGUACAACAACAUCAUGAGCCACUAUAUUGACACCAAACACCGUAGAGACACAAACUCACUGCCUCAGGUGGUGGGCUUCACUGCGUCUGUAGGUAUCAAGAGUUUUAAGAAUGUUUUAGAGGCUGAGAACAACAUCUGCCAGCUGUGUGCUAACCUGGAUGCUCGAGUCAUCACCACAGUUACAGAGAAUAUUGAUGAGCUGAGAUCAUUUGUACACACACCUGAGAAAGAAUUCUUUCUAGUUAAUCCCAGCACCUCAGACCCCUUCAUCCUCAUCAUCAAAAACAUCAUGAAGAACAUUGAACAGCUGGCUAAAGGAGUCUACCCCAUUGACACUUUGUCCCAGGUACAGAGAGGUGAUUAUGGCACUCAGAUGUAUGAGCAGUGGAUUGUAGAUGUACAGAAACGCUGCAGACUGCUUCAGUUCACUGACCAUGAUGAGGAGCGCAGAGUCUGCAGAGCAUUAUGCAGCUACACUGAACACCUGAGAAAAUAUAAUGACGCUCUGAUCAUUAAUGAUGAUGCUCGCACAAAAGAUGCGUUAGACUUCAUGGACUCCUUCAUGAAGGACAUCAGUAACGCCAGCCCGGACCCCACGGAGCGCAAGCUCAUUGACUUAUACCAUGUUCAGCACGAACAACUGCUGCAUUUAGCUGCUGAAGGAGAACAAAACCCCAAACUACAGGACCUCAAGUACAUAUUGGAUGAAGAAUACAGAAACAAUGAUCAGACUCGCACUGUGCUGUUCGUCAGGACCCGCGCCCUCGCUGAAGCUUUGAAAAAUUGGAUAGAUGAGACCGAUUCACUAAAGUUUCUGAAGCCUGGAGUUCUGAUUGGAAGAGGAAGAAAAUCACAACUGGCAGGCUCGGGUAUGACUUUGACAGGACAGAAGGGUGUGCUGGACUCCUUUAAGAGCUCUGACCAGAGUAAGAUCCUUAUCGCCACCUCUGUUGCUGACGAGGGCAUCGAUAUCCCACAAUGCAACCUGGUGCUCAUGUACGAGUACAUCGGCAAUGUUGUCAAAAUGGUGCAGGUUCGAGGUCGAGGCAGAGCUAAGGGCAGCAGGUGUUUUCUGAUCUCCAGUAGACAGGAGCGCAUUCAAAAAGAGAAACAGAACAUGGAGAGAGAGAAACUGGUUGAGAAAGCCAUUAAACUCCUGCAGGACUCACCUGACCACAUGUGUGCCAAGGUGGACCGGUUCCAGAAGGAGGACGUGGCCCGGAGAGCUCAUGUGAACUCAAAUGAAGAGAAAACUCAGAUUGAUGGAAGUUAUGAGUUUCUGUGUGGAAAGUGCAAGAAGUUUGUCUGUUUAAGUGAUGACCUGCGUGUGCUACAGGAGUCUCACCACAUUGUGCUGGAUAAGUCCAUAUUCCAGCGCUGUUCCACUAAACCUCACAGAAAAAUCAGAACCUUUGACAACAUCACUAAAAAGGAGAAGAUGUUUUGUUCUGAGUGUCAACAAGACUGGGGCAUCAUCGCCUCCUACAUGAAUAUACAGGAUUUGCCGGUGUUGAAGAUUGAGAGUUUCAUCAUCAAAGACCUCGCCACAAAUGAACAGCAAUAUUUCAGGAAAUGGCGUGAUGUCACGUUCCGUAUGCGAGCGUUCGACGUGACUGAGAAGUGGGAGCCGAGGACGUAGAUUAUAGACGAGAUUAUAAACAUCUGAAACUGCCAGUCUCUCUCUCUCUCUAUCUGUCUCUGUCUCUCACACACACACACACACACACACUUACACAUUAAGUUCACUAAGUCAUGUACUGUUUGCUGGAGUUUUAGAGAUGUUCUGGUGGGCGUGGCCAGUUUACUAGUUUUUUAACGUAUCGUUACGCCUUUAUUAUGAAAUGACACACAAACAGAACACGAUCUGAUUGGCCGAGGUUCUUUAAUAAGUAAAACUGUUUUCAAAUGAUUUCCGAAGGCACUAUGUUCACAAUCAUUUGAUGAAAUCAGCUUGGCACAGUGUCAGUGCCCCUUUGCUGCCCUUUGAGAAAGAAAGACAAAAAGAGCAGAAGUACAGAGCGAUGUCUUCUUCGUCUGAUUCUCGACUCAUUCGUUUUUCACCGCAUUAUAAAGUUUGUGAUGAUUUUUAUGUUGACUAGUUUAAUAUGUGUUUUAUAUCACAUUUUGAUCUCUAAAACAUGUCCAUGUUCUCAAAGUAACAAUUUCACUGGAACAGAAGAGUGAAUGAUCUUCAACAGCACUGAACUCUGUACUGUCACAGAGCAGAAACUACUGCAGACAAAUAAAGAACAGAAUAAAUCUGACUAAAAAAACAAGAAUAA